UGAUGGGAAAUGUAGGAGAUCUCCAGCUAGUGAAGUGGAGCCGUUAGCUAACCCAGCUAGGUGGCUAACAGCCGAGCGACCGGACACACCAGCGACAGCUAGCUUAGGCUAUUCAACUACAGCUAGCUUAGGUGCUAUGAACUACAUGUGUCAUGUCACUGUAGUUGUGUAGUUUCCUGUAGUUGUGUGUUAUGGCUUCUCUGGUCAACUCCUCAUUAAUGUCAACGGUCAGACUGUGUGUGUGUAGGAGACUCUGCUCUGCACAGGGUCGUGCUCGGGGGGGUCUGGAUCCAGCCGCACUGUUCAGAAACUUCUCCUGGUGCGAUGGAGCUCGAGGACUUUCCUCCCGUGGGGGCGGAGCCGCCGUGGAGCAGCUGACCCUGGACGACAUCGCCAGAAACAUCCGAGAGCGGCAGCACCAGCGGGUGGUGGUGAUGGCCGGCGCUGGGAUCAGUACACCGAGUGGCAUCCCUGACUUCAGGUCCCCAGGCAGCGGCCUCUAUGACAACCUGCAGCGGUACCACCUGCCCUACGCCGAGGCCAUCUUCGAGAUCGGCUUCUUCCACCGAAACCCCAAUCCCUUCUUCGCCCUGGCCAAAGAGUUGUAUCCAGGAAAGUACCGGCCCAACCUGACCCACCACUUCGUGCGCCUGCUCCAGAAGAAGGGGCAGCUCCUCAGGAUGUACACGCAGAACAUCGACGGACUGGAGAGAUUGGCAGGGAUUCCUCCCGAGCUGCUGGUCGAGGCCCACGGCACGUUCGCCACCGCCACCUGCACCGUCUGCUUGAGGAAGUACCAGGGCCAGGAUCUGAGGCCAGAUGUGAUGAGUGGGACGGUCCCUCAGUGUCCCACCUGUAGAGGCGUGGUGAAGCCGGACAUCGUGUUCUUCGGAGAGGAGCUCCCACGCCAUUUCUUCAAGUACGUCACAGACUUCCCUCUGGCAGAUCUGCUGAUCGUCAUGGGCACGUCACUGGAGGUGGAGCCCUUCGCCAGCCUGGCAGGGGCCGUGCGCGGCUCCGUGCCUCGGCUGCUCAUCAACAGCGACGUGGUGGGCUCGUUCGCCUGGAGCCGCCGGCCGCACGAUGUGCUGCAGCUGGGGGACGUGGUCAGCGGCGUGCAGGCCCUGGUCGGAGCCCUGGGCUGGACCCAGGAGCUGGACCAGAUGAUGGCUGCUGCCCAGGAGGCGACAACAAAGACCGAGGAGUGAGAACUUCUCACUUCAUCGAGCUCCAGGUUUCACUUUCAUCACGUGACUUUCUGUGCACAUGGGUGUUGGAUCUGACAGAAGGGAGCUACCGUCAGGGAGACUUGAAUAAUGACCUGCUGCAGUGAAACAGACGUUUCCUCAUGAACUGAAGUCCAGGUCAGGUGUGUGUGUUCUGCCAGUCAGUUUGUGUGUUUGUCUCAUUUCCUUCAGCCUGACAUCUCAACAAUGCACAUUCUGUGCCUUUAGGUCAAAUUCUCUCACUGAAAACAAGAUUAUAAACUAAAUUUGAUCCGGUUGUGUCGUAUUACUGGACCAUAGAACCUCUGGCUGGUGUGCACGUUCAAACACAAGGAUCCAGGAGCCUUUACCCAUGUGUCAGUGGGGGGGCUGAUGAAGGGAUGGAGGAGGGGUAGGAAGGACGGUGGAAUGAAAAUGUGACGGGGUUACUCACAUUUUAAACAUGAGGUUAAGAAGUAUGGCUUCAGGCUGUUAAGUUAUAAGUUAUUUACAGGUUCUCUUUUAUGGUUCCUCUGCUUGGUAACUAUAAAGCUUGGUCUGUUCAGAUAUGAAUUUAAUUAUGAUGAUCUGUGUUUAAACAUCCUCAAAUCAAAAAAGAGACAACUUCCUGGUCUCAAACAGAGGGAUUCAAAGAGGACACACCCAGCCCGUAUAGAACCUCCCCUUCUCGAGUCUCCUCCCCUGCCACAGCUUAUUGUCUCCGCCCACUCCCAGUCUCAUAGAGUGGACAUCUGGGCUUGAGAUUCACAAACACUCACUUUCUCAAAAAGGUUUUUAUUUUCAUUUAAAGUGUAAAAUCCCAUCUUUGUCCUGAAAGGAGCUGAAACUGAGCUGAGACGUCAAUUAGAAAGGCUUCCACUGGAGUCGUGGUCCUGGCACAGUCACAAGCACAAACACACAAUAAAUCUGUUUAACAUCAUACACACGUUUUAAAGCCAAUCUGAUUUUCAAAAUAAAAGCCACAGUGGCCCUGUUGAGCAGGUUUAUUCUUAUGUUCUUUAUUAAUCUGAGCAGAAAUCAUCGAGUUUAUUCAAGUUGUAUUCAAGUUCUGAAUUAAAUUAAAAAGACAAUUGGAAGUGUUUUCAUUGUAAUAAUCAUUUCAGUAUUAAAAUAGUAAUUUCCUACUUUUUGUAUUUUUGGUUAUAUUUGUAUUAAAACCCUGUUUGUCGUUU